ACAGGGGGCUUUAUUCAAGUUAUAAAUGGUCCCGCAUUUUCAGCUACUCUCUGAGGUCAAAAGUCAACACUCGAACCAUUUCUCCAUAAGCUCACUAUGGGUAAGAGCGACAAGAACGACGACGCAUCAAAUUACAAGAAGUACGGGGUUCCACUGUACGGCGCCGCGUGGGUUCCCCCCGCCGCUUCUUCUACGAUCAAGUCCGGAUCCGAACCAUCUCCGGUGGAACCCGAGUCGGCAGCUUCCUCCGCCUCGAAUUACCAUAUCGUCCUAGCCGGAGGUGGUGGAGAAGGCCGCAGCGGAAUACCAAAUGCCCUCCUUGUAUCUGCUUUUGAUUUUACUUCUAAUUCUCUUUCCGAUCAACCUGUGGGAAAGAUUGGAACUGGUAGUGAUUUGCCCUACAGAAUUGCUGUACAUCCUGGAGGAGAAGGCCUUAUUUGUUCAUUGCCUAAGAGCUGCAGAUGGUUUGACUGGGAUUCAACUACGAGCAAAGAUGAGCAUUCUUUGAGCCUGAAAUCAUCUGAGAAAGUUCUUGAGAAAUUGGAAGAUGUUGGCCAGCAAUUAGCACUGACAUUUAACAAUGAGGGUACUUUACUUGCUGUUGGGGGUGAGGAUGGCAAGUUGAGGGUUUUUAAGUGGCCUGAGAUGGAGAUUACUCUUGAUGAGGCUAAUGCUCAUGCUUCUGUAAAGGAUUUAGAUUUCAGCCCUGAUGGGAAUUUUCUUGCCUCUGUGGGAAGUGGCCCUGGAAGAAUUUGGAAAGUCGCAACAGAAACAUCUAUAGCUUCUCUACCAAAGGAAAAUGAUGAGAUUUUUGGCUUUUGUAGGUUCUCGCGAUCUGGUGACUCCAAUCCAGUUCUGUAUGUUACUGCAAUGCGAAGUAAAGGUGGUAGUAUUGUUAAAUGGGAAACUACUUCAUGGAAGAGGAUAAGUUCAACUCACAUUGUCAGGGACCCAAUUUCUGCAUUUAAUGUGUCAUCUGAUGGAAAGCUCCUUGUAGUAGGAACAAUACAAGGAGACAUUUGGAUCAUAAAUUCUGCAAGUAUGCGGGUGCAAAGUGUAGUCAGAAAAGCACAUCUUGGCCUUGUAACAGCGUUAGCAUUCUCACAAGAUUCAAGGUUGUAAAGUCUUAUACUU